GGGUACCUGGCGGCGGCCGCCACUCACAGGUAGCUGGGCCAGCCGGGUGUGGGGACCGCACCGCGAGCGCGCACUCAGUGGCGAUCGGAGUGAGCCGCCGGCCGGACUAGUCUGCUGCACAGGACCCUUGUUCGGGUGAGACCAGCCAGGACCUCUCGUCGCGCCCACGGACACCCGCUUCUCCACCAUGUCGGAGAAGGGUGAGGACACGGUCGUGCAGGGGUUCGACAACCCCGUGUUCGAGGACGACGAGAAGCGCCCGGCGGCCAGCUCGUCGUCGGACCACUCGUCGGAGCGCGCCUCGGACCUGGAGAGCGAGGGCGAGCGGCCGACCAGCGCCACCCAGCGCGAACAGGCCGCCGUCGACCUCGAGCUCGUCACCAUGGACAAGAAGAACGGCAUCAAGAACGGCAAGGACGCCGUCAUCGACAUUACCUACCACGAUAGCGGCGACGCCAUGCCCGGCGGCAACACGCACCGCAAGUUCAUAGGAGGGGGCGAGAAGUACUACCCGGGCGGUCGCGAGGGCAACACCAAACAGCGCUGGCUGUGCUGGGCCGGCAUCUUGGCCGUCAUCCUCGCCGUCCUCGUCUUCAUCGUGCUGCUCUCCACUGGCACAUUCAGCGGCGACGAUGAUUCGGCGGCUGACCUGCAGAAGAACCAACCACUGGCCUCCCUCGAACCUGUCGAAAACCCUGUUGCCAACGCCUUCUCUGGAUUACUACGACUAGACACCGAGUUUACUGACGCCUUGGAAGACCCCGGCUCGAAGGAGUACAAAAAGCUGGCCCGAGACAUCGAGCGAGAGAUGGACAUCGCCUACUCAGUCGGCCAGUGGCCCGAGGGCACUGACCUCGGACGGAUCACUACCAGGGUCACCGGCUUCACGGAGGGCAGCGUGGUGGCCGCCUAUGACCUGGUGACCGAGCUGGAACCGGCGCAGGGCUCUGCCGAGGAUGUCAGCGAGCGGCUGCAGCGGCGCGUCGCCGAGUUCUUCAGCCCUGAGUCGGGCGAGUCGGAGAGCAGUCUCAACGUCCAGGUGGUCGAGAGCGCCGUCAGACCGAUGGAGGAUAAGUGCGUCACCGAGAACAACAUGGGCUGCUCACACGAGUGCAUGUUCUCCAAGAACCUGAUGACGUUCACCUGCUCGUGCCCCGAGGGCAUGGAGCUGGGUCAGGACGACAAGACCUGCCACGGCCCCGAGCCGGAGCUGGAGCCUGUGCUGCACAAGGAGUCCACCUUCGAGGCAGACAAGGAGUGGAAGAACGACCACCACGAGCAUGGCCACCCGGAUCACGACCACGAGCACGACCACGACCACGGCCACGGCCACGACGCCCACGCUGAGCCCGAGCCAGAGACGACUGCUGAGCCCGAGCCGGAGCCUGAGGCCACUGCUGAGCCUGAGCCGGAGCCCGAGACGAGCGCUGGUCAUGACCAUGAUCACGACCAUCAUGAUCAUCACGAUGCUCACAUGGACCACGCUGAUCAUAUGGAAACCACGGCGGAGCCUGAGCCGGAGCCCGAGACAAGCGCUGGCCACGAGCACGAUCACGAUCACGCACACGACCACGACGUUCACGCUGAGCCCGAGCCUGAGUCUACUGCUGAGCCGGAGCCGGAGCCUGAGGCAACUGCUGAGCCGGAGCCCGAGCCCGAGACAAGCGCUGGCCAUGAGCACGAUCACGAUCACGCACACGACCACGACGCUCACACUGAGCCCGAGCCUGAGUCUACUGCUGAGCCGGAGCCGGAGCCUGAGGCAACUGCUGAGCCGGAGCCAGAGCCCGAAACUACUGCUGAGCCGGAGCCGGAGCCUGAGGCCACUGCUGAGCCAGAGCCUGAGGUAAAGGCGGCUAACCAUAUGCAUGACCAUCAUGAGGAGCAUAUGGAGCAUAUGGAUCACGUGGACGCUACAGCGGAGCCGGAGCCUGAAGCCACUGCUGAACCGGAGCCAGAGCCUGAGGCCACCGCUGAGCCUGAGCCAGAGCCCAAGGCCACUGCUGAGCCAGAGCCCGAGGCCACUGCUGAGCCAGAGCCUGAGGCAAAGGCGGCUGACCAUAUGCAUGACCAUCAUGAGGAGCAUAUGGAGCAUAUGGAUCACGUGGACGCUACAGCGGAGCCGGAGCCUGAAGCCACUGCUGAACCGGAGCCAGAGCCAGAGGCCACCGCUGAGCCUGAGCCUGAGGCAACUGCUGAGCCUGAGCCGGAGCCCGAGACAACUGCUGAGCCCGAGCCAGAGCCGGCCGUUUCCGCAGAGCCUGACAUGGAGCAUGAACUGACCCUGAAGGAGAAGCUGGCGCUCGGAGAACAAAUGGGCAUCGAGCCAGAGUGGGAGAACGAGGCGUUCGACGCGGCCGGCCCAGUCACCACACCAGGCCCCGAGCAAGAGAUGAACGAGGUGCCGGAAGAUCCCGUCAACCCGCCGUCGCUGGCCGAUGACGAGAUGCACCACGGUGUCGUAGACACCAACGCAGAGUGGCUACCCGUAACGGAGAAGACGGCCGACCGGCAAGGUAAGCUGCUGGAGGUUGAGGGCAGCGGCGCUGAGGAGAGCAUGAUGAUGGACGAGGAGGCUGUCGCCGAGCCGGAGCCUUCCGCCGAACAUGAGCCUUCUGCCGAGCAUGAGCCUUCCGCCGAGCCGGAGCCUUCUGCUGAGCCGGAACCUUCUGUUGAACCGGAACCUUCUGCUGAUCAUGAGGCUUCUGCUGACCAUGAACCGUCUGCCGAGCCGGAACCUUCUGCUGAUCAUGAGGCUUCUGCUGACCAUGAACCUUCUGCCGAGCCGGAGCCUUCUGCCGAGCCGGAGCCUUCUGCUGAUCAUGAGGCUUCCGCUGAGCCGAAGCCUUCUGCUGAGUCGAAGCCUUCUGCUGAGCAGCAGCCCUCAGCUGAUCACGAACCUUCUGCCGAGCCGGAACCUUCUGCUGAUCAUGAGGCUUCCGCUGAGCCGGAGCCUUCUGCUGACCAUGAGCCUUCUGCCGAGCCGGAACCCUCUGCUGAUCAUGAGGCUUCUGCUGACCAUGAACCUUCUACCGAGCCGGAGCCUUCUGCCGAACAUGAGCCUUCUGUCGAACCGGAACCUUCGGCUGAGCCGGAGCCUUCUGCUGAUUCUGUCGAACAUGAGCCUUCUGCUGAGCCGGAGCCUUCUUCUGAGCCGGAGCCUUCUGCUGACCAUGAGCCCUCUGCCGAGCCGGAGCCUUCCGCUGACCAUGAAGCUUCUGCUGAUCAUGAGCCUUCUGCUGAGCAUGACUCGUCCUCCGAAGCCCCUGUGGUAAAGCCUGUCCCCGAAGUUGAGGUGGCCACUGAGCCUGAAACCUCCCCCGAGCCCGAGGUGGCGGACAAGUCUGAGGUCGCGACUGAGCCCGAAGUCGUUGCUGAGUCUGAGGCUGCCCCUGAGGCCGCCUCUGAGCCUGAUGUUACCCCUGAGGCCAAGGUCUCGACAGAGCCUGAAGCCGCUCCUGAGGCUGAAGUCUCGGCUGAGCCUGCAAUCACCCCUGUGGACAAGGUCUCGACGGAGCCUGAGGUGGCCGCCGAGCCGGAGUCGCAGGCGGCAGAGGAGCCGGCGGCGUCAGAGACGCCAGCAGCUGGAGCCGAGGCGCCGGCGUCGGCCGCCGAGCAGGCGCGGCGGAGGCGCCGGUAGUGGUGCUAAGCCGUGGCAGCGGACACCAUGUGAUACAAGUGAAAGGGAACGAGCGGCAGAGGGAGCCGGCGCGCCAGUAGCGGGCAGCGGCCGGAGAGCGUCUGCCGGCGCCGCUCGCACGGGUCACUCGCCCCAGCGCCGUUCAGUGAAUGGUGUUUCCUGACGGACUUUCAGUCCGACCCACCGGAGGCCCGCUUCGCAGAACGCGAGCCUUCACUACCGGCCAGCGCGACAGGGCUCCGAGGGAGAGAGUGGGGCGCGCUGACCAUACAGGGAGGGACUGGCAUAACUAGUGCGGAGAAUCGCAGUCGCAUAACGAAAGAUUAGUCGACAGUUCCAGGGGGCAGGGCGGGACGCUCGAGAACGAAAAUCGACGGGGAGGGGUGGGGUGAACGAGGCGUUCUCAUUUGUAUGUCUGGAACGCCAGCGCGAGGGAGGGGGCCGGGUUCUAUGAAAGCUCACAGGGGAUCCAGUGGGCGUGGGACGCACUGGCGCCAAGUGCAGACCCACCAAACUUAGCGUGUGUCAUGGAGUGUUCGGGUCGAGUCGAACUGGGGACUCUCGCGGAUGGUUCUUAUCCGUCCGAGAUGCGGUGCAGUCCGCUUCGUACGCCUUACGAGUUUCGGUGUGCCAGUCAGAAUGAGACCUGUAUGUGUGUGCGAAUGUGUGGGCCAUGGGUCCAGUGUACCGCGCGAGUGUCAGAACAAUGAAACAUGUGUAUUCUUCCCUUAUGUAGAACUGACCGAGUCAAUGUGAUUGUACAUAUGCUGACACUAGCUAGGACGAUAUCAAUACAAGUACAUUUCGA